UUAAGAUAAGACCAUUAUUACGUAUUACAUUACGUAUUACGCUUCCACAAUCAAAGUGAAAUAUAAUAUUACAUAUUAUAAUAUUACAUAUUAUUAAGAUAAGACCAUUAUUACGUAUUACAUUACGUAUUACGCUUCCACAAUCAAAGUGAAAUAUAAUAUUACAUAUUAUUAAGAUAAGACCAUUAUUACGUAUUACAUUACGUAUUACGCUUCCACAAUCAAAGCGAAAUAUAAUUUUACAUUCUUUUUACUUUAUGCCUGUUGGUAUUCCAAAAGUUCCUUUUCAAGUUCCGGGAGAUAACGAUGCAAGCUGGGUUGACAUAUACAACCGAAUUUAUCGAGAAAGAUUGCUUUUUUUGGGCAAAGAGCUUGAUAUCCAGACCUCGAAUCAACUUGCGGGUAUUAUGAUCUAUCUCAGUAUAGAGAGUAAUAGCCGAGACCUGUUUUUUUUUAUAAACUCUCCUGGCGGAGGGAUAGUAUCUGGAUUAUCUCUUUUUGAUACUAUGCAAGCAGUGGAACCAGAUGUGCAUACACUAGCCAUGGGAUUGACCGCUUCAAUCGCAGCUUUUCUCUUGGUCGGAGGAGAAAUUACCAAACGCAGAGCAUUCCCUCACGCUCGGCGCCAAUGAGUUUUUUUUUUUUAUUAUUGAUGGAAAGAAAAAAGAAGACUAUGCCUUCGCCAUAUGAAAUAUGAAUUAGUAAGUAAUAAUAGCAUGGCACUUUGAAUUCGAUAUGAAAUUUUUUUUUUAUUUCUUUUUUUUUUUUUCAAAAAAAAAUAUUAGAUUAUGUAUCGAAAGAGUAGUAUGAGAGAAGGGGCAUUUCCAAUUUGAUCUUAGCUAUCGUGGGCCCAUCUCAGGCGUCACAAACUUUUUUUCUUUUCCUACCAGAGGCUAUUAACAAUAUUUAUGUUAUGAAAGAGUACGAAAAAAAAAA